UAUCCUUCGGAAGAUUUCGCAUUCCUGAUGAAUACGAAUCUUGAAUCUUGUUUCCACUUAAGCCAGCUUGCACAUCCUCUCCUAAAAGCUUCAGAAGCUGCAAGUAUCAUUUUCAUAUCCUCCGUUGCUGGUGUUGUAGCUACAAACUUAGCAUCCAUUGUAUAUAGUGCAUCUAAAGGAGCAAUGAACCAAAUGACAAAAAAUCUAGCAUGUGAAUGGGCAAAUGACAAGAUAAGGAGUAAUUGUAUUGCACCUGGGGUAAUCAGAACUCCUCUGGCGGAAAAGGUAACCCUUUUGUUGGCAUUGUUAAACUUGAAAGAGGAAACAAUUAUAAAUGCUGUAAUUCCUCAAAUCCCUCUGGGACGGAUUGGAGAGGCAGAGGAAGUGUCUUCGUUGGUGUCAUUUCUGUGCUUGCCUGCAGCCUCUUACAUCACAGGCCAGAUCAUUUGUAUUGAUGGCGGCUUCUCUGUGAACGGCCUCCAUGUAUUCUAGCCCUUAGUUUUCACUUUUUCUGUGUUACGUCAGUUACACUCUCAGUUGCAUU